AUGCAAUGUGAGGUUAGACAGAUCCAGCAGCUGACAGCGGAGAAUACCCAGAUCAGCACAAGUGACAGACACAUGGGAGCUGGUGGUGAAACUAGAAGGGUGGGGCCACAUUGGAUCCUGGAUCCCAUGGGAGAUUGGUAUGUCCGAUGGCUCGCAGUGUCCACCAUCCCCGUCAUCUACAACUGGAUCAUUCUUGUUGGCAGGUGGAGCUUCACUGACCUUCAGUCCCAUUACCUGUCUGUGUGGCUCUUUCUGGAUUACCUGUCGGAUCUCAUCUACCUGCUGAGUAUGGCAGUCAGGUUUAACACAGGAUAUCUGGAACAGGGAAUCUUAGUGACGGACCGCUGGCAGAUUGCUGCAAGGUAUGCUCGGAGCCAUGGCUUCAAGCUGGACGUGCUCUCCUUGCUGCCUACAGAGCUCCUGUACCUUCAGUUCGGUGUUCACAGUCCUGCUGUCCGACUCAAUCGGCUGCUCCCGAUCCGCCAUCUCCUGGAGUUCCUGCAGCGUCUGGAGACCCGCGUGUUCUACCCCAACACCUACCGGGUGCUCCGUACCUCCGCCAUCCUGGUGGCCAGCAUUCACUGGAAUGCCUGUGCCUAUUUUGCCUUAUCCAGACACAUUGGCUUUGGGCAAGACCCUUGGGUAUACCCCAAUAUUUCAGAUCCCGACAAUGCCCGCUUGAGGCACCAGUACCUCUACAGUUUCUACUUCUCCACCUUGAUCCUGAGCACCAUAGGGAACAUCCCGAAGCCUGUACGGGAGGAAGAGUUCCUCUUUGUGAUGGUGGAUUUCCUCAUCGCUGUGCUGGUCUUUGCGAGCAUCGUGGGAAACAUGGAGUCAAUCAUCUCCAAUCUGGACAAGGCAGCUCGCAGUGUCUUCCCCGAUCACCGGCUGAUCAGGGAUUACCUCCGAUCCCAGCGGGUCAACCCGGAGCUGCAGCAGCGAGUGACCGAAUGGUCUCAGCAUCUGCACCUCUACAAGAAGGUAACCAAUGAGAGGCAGAUCCUGCAGCUGCUCCCGGACAAGCUGCAAGCUGAGGUCACGGCCUGUGUCCACCUCCAGACCCUCAGGAAGGUCCAGCUUUUCCAAUCCUGUGACCAGCGUGUGCUACACCAGCUGGUGAUAAGACUGCAGCCUCAGGUCUUCAGCCCCGGAGACUAUGUGUGCCGUAAGGGUGACAUAGGGAGGGCCAUGUACAUCGUGCAAGAUGGGCGUCUUGCAGUGGUGACUGACGAUGGACUGACACAACUCGCUGUCCUCGAGGCUGGGACCUAUUUUGGAGAAAUCAGUAUCCUCAACAUUGCAGGGAGUAAAUCUGGAAACCGGAGAACUGCAAACAUUCAGAGUGUUGGAUAUUCGGAUCUCUUUGCCCUGGGGAAGGAUGAUCUGACUGAGGUGCUGCUGGAUUUCCCCGAGGCUAAGGAGGUGCUGGAGGUGAAAGGUCGGGAGAUGCUGCUGAGGAUGGGACUGCUGGAUGAAGCUAUCACACCAACUGAAGUGGAGAAUGGGAGAGUGGUGACCAAGGUGAGGCCGAUGGAAAAUUCUCUCGACUUGUUACAAACCAGAAUGGCUCGCCUAAUGGCAGAACUUGAGUCCAAUUUCCAAAAGAUCAGCUUUCGACUUGACUGCCUUGAAAAUGUGCUGGAGGUUGAUGAGGGUGUGGAGAGUGAAGGGAAUGUCAAGAUCCCAGGUUCACCCAGGAUCAAACUGAAUAAUCCAGGAUUAUUCCAGGAUGUAGGGCCAGACAAGUCUCAACCAGAUUCACCCCACGCAGCUCAAGGACUGAGCUGA